AUGGUUGCAGAGUAUGCGGUUCGGUUUGAGGAGUUUGUGAAGUAUUGUCCUCAUUAUAAUACUGAUGCUACUAUGAGUUCUAAAUGUAUUAAGUUUGAGAAUGGGCUGCGUCCUGAGAUCAAACAGGGUAUUGGCUAUCAGAAGAUUAGACAUUAUCCGGAGCUGGUGAACAGGUGUAGAAUUUAUGAUGAGGACAACAGGGCUCGAAUUGCUCAUUACAAGACUUUGAGUGAUAAAAGGGAUAAGCAAAGACAUGGAAGUACACCUUAUAGUGCUUCGGCUAAUAAAGGGAAACAAAAAGCUGUUGUGGGUAAGAAGCCAAGUGGGGGAGGAAUUGCCCCCAAUCCUAUCAAAUGUUUCAAAUGUGGUGGUGUGGGUCACCGUGCUAAUGAAUGUCAUAAUGAUGUGAAGAAAUGCUUCGAGUGUGGUCGACCAGGUCAUCUUGUGGCAGAUUGUAGGACCAAUAUACCUACCUGUUACAACUGUGGAGAGCAGGGUCACAUCAGCACUCAUUGUCAGAAGCCGAAGAAGUCACAGACAAGUGGGAAAGUAUUUGCAUUGGUGGGAGCUCAGCCUACCAAAGAGGAUCGUUUGAAACUAGAACUCGUGUCGUCUACUUUGAAUCGGGGGAUGGUGAUUGAUACUCCAUCUAUCGGUUCUGUGACUACGUCCUUAGUGUGUUUGAAUUGUUCGUUGACCAUCUUUGGUAAGGGUUUCGGAGUGGACUUGAUUUGUUUACCACUCAGUAAUCUAGACAUUAUCUUAGGGAUGAAUUGGCUUGAAUACAACCAUGUUUUUAUUGACUGCUAUAGGAAGACGUUGUUGUUUCUGACUCCAGAGGAGGAAGAGUUGGUUAAUUCUAUAUCUACCAAGGAAUUGAGAAUCUUGUUGGAAGAUGAAGCUAAAAUGUUUGUUGUGUUUGCCUCACUAUCAGUUGAAGGCAAAGCAUCGAUUAAUGAGUUACCGGUGGUGAAGGAAUUUCCAGAAGUGUUCCCAGAUGACAUUACAGAGUUGCCUCCGAAGAGAGGAGUGGAAUUUGCAAUUGAUCUUGUUCCUGGUACCAGACCCAUAUCUAUGGCACCAUACAGGAUGUCCGCAUCAGAGUUGGCAGAAUUGAAAUCUCAGAUAGGGGAGUUGCUUGAUAAGAAGUUUAUUUGA